UGGCGCUGCGAGAAGAGAAGAACUAAAGGAGAACCACAUGAACAAUUAGGAGAGUGGGUAGCUACGUAUAUAGCUUUACAAAUAUAAGUAGUUUGUAUAUAGCGUUACAUAGUUUGUCAGUCUGUGAGGGUGUGUUGUAGAUUAUACGGGACAUGUGCGUUGCCAGUGUAACCAAAUUGAGUUAACUUUAAAUUAAGUGUCACACCAUGCAAUUUCUGUUUUAUACAUUCUUCUGCCUUCAGCAUAAAUCAAGCACAUACCUAUAUGUUUUCUCAGAACCGUUAUUUAGCCUCGAAGUUCCAGACCGUCUCCCAAGAAAUGAGACCGACCUGAGUCUAGCGCGCGCUCCUACACUUCCAGGAUUUGCCUUCUUUGUUCGCGAGCGCCUUUUGCUUUUGUGUGUUGUAGGCGAUGGCGGACGUGACGGCUCCGACGGUCGAAAUCUGCAGUUCGUUGUCAGAGUCUCGACCGAAUCGAAACAGAGUGUGUGGAUGGUUGGUAACAUUCUUCAACUUGGAAGUUGGAAGUUUAGCAAACGAAUUGCUCUCAGCACUGACGGAAGUGGACUUUGGCAAUGUGUUGUCAAGUCACAAGUUGGAAAGACUCUAUACUACCGCUAUCUGAUUUGCGAAGACUUGGAUGGGAGAAAUGGUGCUGUCAUGACUGCAUGGGAGUCGGGAAUCAAACCUCGAUGUUUUCAGCCUCCAGAUCCUGGUGUUCUUGCUGGCCGGGAAUUUGAAGUUUGUCAAGAUGAUGGUACUCUGUCCACUCUCAUUAGUCAUGUACCUGCAGGGACUGAAAUGAAUUCGGUCAGCAGCGGGUGUCUAACAGGGCAAACGGAAAUUCACUUGCGAUUUCAUGACACCGAGGUUUAUCCUAUCAAUUUGUGGACAAUCAGCAAGGAACAGACAAAGCAACUUUCAAUCAGAGUGAAUCCGAGUUACACUCCUAGCACUAAUCAGACGUUGGUGCCUCCUCAUACAAUAGUCAAGUUGCUUCGUGGUUCAAAGUGUGAUACGUUUAACUUGCAGCCAUCUUGUGGAGUGAGUUUGGAAUGCGAGCAGAAUAACAUGCUUGUAUUUACGACGCAGACAUUUCAUGUAGACAAGCUUAUGUUUACUAUGUAUUUGUAUGCUGAUGGGAGUUCUGACUCGAAUCAGCCGUUGGGUAUGUGCUGCCUGGUUCCGGAUCAAUUGAAAGGCACCAAUGGUGUUGUGGCUGUGACUGUGUUUGCUGCUGGCUCUUCUUCUUUCCAACCCAUUGGCAGCCUAUCGGUUGACUUUUUGAAGAUUAUGCCAUUUGAUGAGACACUCAUGGAUCUAUCACUGUCUCAUUGUUACGACUGGAAUUAUCGUCGUCCCUUGUACAUCGGUCAUAGGGGAAUGGGAAUGUCUCUAACUUUGGACAAGUUCAACAAACAAUCAGAUAUACCCGAAAACAGCAUUCAUUCAUUUUUAUCAGCCGUCGACCAUGGGGCAGACUAUAUCGAGUUUGAUGUUCAACUUUCUCAAGACAAAAGUCUAGUGUUGUUUCAUGACUUGAAGAUACCCGGCAGUUUGCUUGGCAUUGAUGACGAUACGAAGCAAUUGGAAAUCAGUGUAAAAGACUGUACAAGUGAACAGUUGUCAAUGCUGAGAGUUGCUCCCAUCUCUAGCCCUUUGGAAGGUGUUCCACAUAAAGAUUUGCAAUUCUUUCCUAAACUUGUUGAAGUUUUUGAAAGAGUACCCGAACACGUAGGCUUUUGUAUUGAUAUUAAAUACACAGAGACAUAUCGAGACGAGUCGGUUGAGCCUUAUUUCGAUCGCAACGUGUAUGCAGACCUGCUGCUGGAGUUGUUGUUCAGCCAUGCAAAGUCGAGGCCGAUCGUUAUGGCAUCGUUUGAUCCCGAUCUGUGUACCAUAUUACAUUUAAAGCAACCUCGAUAUCCGGUCUUGUUUCUAACUUGUGGAGUUAAUGACUCGUGGCCGGAGUAUCAAGACGUUCGUCAACGAACUUUCGAAUCGGCUGUAGCGUUUGCAAAGUCGGAACGUCUAUUGGGUCUUAGUGCAUUUUCAAGUCCUCUUUUGUCUGAUCAGAGUUCAUUAGAGAUGAUACUGAAGUCUGGGUUGGUUGUCUUUACGUGGGGUGACGAUAACAGCGAUGCUGGAAAUGUUGUUACACUAAAGGAAGCUGGGGUUCAUGCUGUGAUCUGUGACAGAAUUUCUGAGCUUAAGUUAACUGUAUGAAGAAGUAUGGAUCUGUUGUGUAUGUGACAAUGUAAUUUGUUGUUGUAUGGACAAGGUAUUUGUAAUAAAGUGUGAAGAUUUAAAUAGUGUGACAGAUUACUAUUA